AAUCGUUACUUCCGGGAUAGCUACACGUUAUGAGUAAAGACCUUCAACUUUGUCUUCAAUAAACAAAGUUGGUAACAAACAUGAUGGCUGUACUAGGUGAAUUGCGUGUGUUAUUAGCACCUCACUACAUUACGGAUAUAAUACUUGCAACAUUGUAUUUUAUUUUGAAAAGUACACCCAAAGUAUGCAAUGUCUUGUUUCAUUCAUGCACACUUGAAAUGAGAGAAUGGGAAUGGCUAACAUUUCUGGCUUGCAUUGUUGUUCUUAAGAACAGGAGACAAGCUAGUAUUGUGGAAUAUGCAUCAACCACAUGUUUGUUUACAAAAACUUUAAGUGUCAUUUGCUUCUUCAACUACAGUCCCACUUAUGGCAUUCUGUAUGUUCUUUUGUGUCUGGCCCAUGUGAUGUUCCUUCCCAAGCCUGUGUAUCAAGGACCAGAAAAUAUUGUCUACUUCAGAGGACCAAACCUGACUGAUGAGAUUGCCAGGGACAAAAGAGUGACUUGGGUGAUAGCCUUUUAUGUUGCCUGGUCCCCCAAAUGUGUCAACCUUGCUCCCGUUUUCUCUGAGUUGUCUAAUGAGUAUCAUUUGGAAAAUCUCAAGUUUGGAAAAAUUGAUAUUUCAAGAUAUCCAAAUGUAGCGGAAAAAUAUGAAAUCAACACUGGUGCCUUAUCACGCCAGCUACCCACCAUUAUCUUAUUUCAAGAUGGACAGGAAGUUGAGAGGCGACCAAUUCCAACUAAACAUGUGACCUUGAAAUUUGAUUUCACCAAGGUGAACAUAAUAAAAGAGUUCAAAUUAAAUGAAGUGUACAACCAGUGUAAGAAAGCUUUGUCCGCCAGAAAGAAAACAGCAGCGCCCAGUGAAACGACAGAGCUUAAGAAAGACAAGUAACAUUCCUGCUUGUGUGUGUGAGUUGGGAGGAUGAAUGCUCAUUGAAGAUUGUUUUUGUUUUUAGAUUUUGUGAUGAAAACUUUCCAGUUAAUAGUUCUUAUUUAUUAGAUUCAUGUCAGAUAGAGAAGUGCUAGAACAGAAAUUCUAGCAAAAAUAAAUAGAUGACUAUGUCAGUGUCUGCGAUAUAGUUAUCUUUAAAAACCACUUAUAAAAUACUUGUGGGGUUUUUUUUUUAUGUAUUGGAGAGACAUUAUGCUGACAGUAUAUAUUAUACAUAUCUUUUAAUGGUUGUGUAGACACACUCAAAAUCUGUAAAUAGAUUAGUAGCCUAAAAUCAAAUUCUCAGUUGUUGUUUUUUUUAGUAUUUGGAUUAUUAAAAUGUUUCUUUCAUUCAUUUUUUAUAACUCCUUGAAGUAAUUUCAGAUCUAAUGUGUUUUGGUUUUAAUGUCAUGAUUUGAUGUGCAUUCACAUUGCGCAUUUCCUUCUUUCUUGAUUAAUUAAACACCAGCAAACAGUUGGUCACUUAAUGUUUAAAUUUUCUCACAACUGAAUAUGUUUACAUCAGCCACAACUGUUAUUACACUAGUUUGUUUCUUUAUGGUCAAAUGUAAAACAAGAAAAAAAAUCAUUUUUUUAUUGGAAGAAAAGUCUGUAAUAGUCUGUAUAGUUUUCAGUUGGAUGGUGGUUGAUCUAAAUCAAGCACAAUUCUCAUAAUAUUAUUUAUUUUGUAUAAUUUUCCAACUACUUAAUCAUUGCAAGUACCUUUAAAGGUUAAUUCUGUAUUACUGGCUGUGUAAUUACAUCCACCAUAACACUACACACAUCACCAAUUACCUCAGUUAGCAGAAUUUUUCACAACCAAAGAGUCAGUUAUCAGCAUAGUUGGUUGCUUGUGGGUUGUUUAUUUAGCAGAAAAUUAAAGCUUUUAUUCCCCUUAUUUUUGAAUCAAUUACUUAAUAUUUAUUUUUUAUUGUUAAGUUUAGCUGCUUUAAAUUUGUUUUUUUUUUUUUUUCCUUUGACAUAAGCAACCAAGCACUUACAUCUGUGUAUGUUCAUUUAUAACUGCUUUUAAUAACCAGAUUUGCAUUUAUUAGUUUUCCAAAAUUUGGAAUUUCUCUUUCAAUGUUUUUUUCCUUUUGAUGUUGCACUAACUUGAUCCAUUCCCUAAAUUCUAUAUUGGAUGACUGAAAAUGAGAUGUGCUAAUGUCAGGUUUUAGCAGAUUUUUAUUUUUAUUUGAUCUCCACAUUUUGUAGUUAGUUUUUUCAUUGCAGACAUUUGUACUUGAUUUACUCUUGUUUUUUGAGAUGAUGUAAACAAGGGUAAAGUGGAAGCCACAUUUUUAAUUGUUCUUAAUUAUUCAAGAAACUUUGCCAUCCUCUGAUAAAAUAAAUUGCUGAUUAUU